AUGGCCCCUUCUUCACAAACCAUCACAACCACAGAUAUUCCCUCAGAAAUUUCUGCCACGUCCUCCCGUGGAUACCAAUUUGGUGAACGUGGCUCCCACAACAUCGCUAAAGGUAUGCCUCAUCCGUAUCCAGUGCCAACCUUCACCGAUAAGCACGAGGAGAGAAAAUGGGCCAAGCAACACAUGGCUGCAGCCUUCAGAGUGUUUGCCAGAAAGGGCUACACCGAGGGUACCGCUGGUCACAUCUCAUUAAGAGACCCUGUGGAACCGGAUACCUUUUGGAUCAAUCCAUUGGCUAAACACUUUGGAUUGAUUAAAGCCAGCGACUUGGUACACUGCGACGAGCACGGAAACGUGCUUCCAGAUGGUCCACAGGCUGCCAUUAACGCUGCCGGAUUUGCCAUCCACUCGGCGGUACAUAAGGCCAGACCUGAUGUCAUCGCUGCUUGCCAUACCCACUCUGUGUAUGGAAAGACCUUCAGUGCUAUGGGUAGACCAUUGGACAUGAUCAGUCAGGACACAUGUACGUUCUACAAGAGUCAUUCUGUGUAUAGUGACUUUGGAGGUGUGGCCUUAGAGGCCGAGGAGGGCCAAGCCAUCGCUGCAUCGCUUGGAAACGGAAAAGGAGUUAUUUUGCAGAACCACGGCCUUUUGACGGUUGGCCAGACCGUGGAUGAGGCUGCAUAUCUCUUCACAUUAAUGGAGAGAUGUUGUGAGUGUCAGUUGUUGGCCGAUGCAGCCUUGAGACCCGGAGAGAAGUUGAAAGUAUGUGGUGAUGAAGAGGCUGCGUACACCGAGCACAUGUCGGCAGACCCUGAGACGCUCUAUACGGAGUUUCAGCCUGAUUAUGAGAUGGAAUUGUUUUACAACGACUCUUUCUUGCAGUAG